CUCCCCUCCAUUUUCUCUUCUUCCUCUAUUUACUCUCAUCUCAGAAAGGUACUGUACUAUACGUUUCAACUCUAGCACAAUAUUCAAUGGCGUCUCUCGAAUUGGAUGUCGAUGCAGAGUUGAAAGCCUUCUCGUUUACUCGCAGGGCACACCGUGAUGUCUAUCCUUCUAUCGAUCCCCGUCGUCCUGAGCUGUCUCAAGCUGGAAAAGUUAUCGUCGUUACUGGUGCUUCCCGUGGAAUCGGCAAAUUGGGGUUCGCGGCCUCAUUCGCUCAAGCCAAUGCGGCCGCUGUUGUAUUGAUUGGGCGGUCGGCUGGAGACUUGGCUGAGACAGAGAAGCUUGUCAAUAGUAUCAACCCAGACAUACAAAUUCUCUCCAUUCCUCUCGAUGUUACCGAUACGGCAGGCGUGACUAAAGCCUUCGAAGACAUUGUUGCUCGCUUUGGAGCUCCCCACGUGCUUAUCAACAAUGCUGGCUACAUCAAUCCACUCGAUUCUAUCGCCGACGUUGAUGUGGAUCUAUGGUGGAGAACCCAGGAAGUCAACGUCAAAGGAACCUUCCUCAUGUCCAAAGCCUUUUUAAAGGCCGUUAAAGACGCCCCAGUAGCCGACAGAACUAUCAUCAACGUGACUUCGCUGGCCGCACAGGGAUUUCCACCUGGCAUGAGCUCCUACUCUCCGGCCAAGCUAGCACUGUGCAAGUUUACAGCUUAUCUCGCCCAAGAGAACCCCGGUAUUACAGCCGUCAGUCUGGACCCGGGACUUGUUCCUACUGAUAUGGGACAUAGUGUGCCAUAUCUUGCCCAAUUCUUGCAUGAUACUCCGGAAUUAUCCGGGGGUAUUGCGGUUUGGCUGGCUACGGGCGACAAAAGGUUCCUGACUGCACGGUAUGUCGCUGCUAAUUGGAACGUUGAGGAGCUCGAGAGCAGAAAGGAGGAGAUAAUGGAUGGUAACUUCCUGACCUUUGGGUUGAAAGGGAAAUUUGGAAUUUCGGGUGUGGUGGUUGAAGGACGGAAACAGUAGACCUCAAGUAGCAUUUUGCGAAGCCUUGAAUGCCAGCUCGCUAAGAAGUGGAAUCUGAUCAGAGAUAUUUAUGUUGGAACAAAGAGCUGGUUGUGUCCAGAGCAAAUUUCCAGAGUCCAGAGUGACACGCAUUAAAUCUCCGAGAUUCUCACACUCGUACAAAAGUCGUGAAGCCUCCAGUGAUUUCCC